GAGGGCGCGGGUUUGGCUUUUCGUUUUGUUUCGUGACGAAGCGCUUGCUCGAGUCGGCUUCCUUCGUGCCGCGUUUUGUAUGCGCCCCGACGAAGCGGCGCGUGCUGCAUUGGUGCGUCGUAUGCGGCUGUCGCAGGAGCACGCGCAGCUACCGCGCUGCGUGGUCCGCGCGUAUCGCUGAAAUGUGAGGAGCGAGCUUUAGAUCGGACGGGGGUUUGCGGCGCGCGCCCGAUAAAGAAACCGUCGCGCGCUGCCAUGCACGACUCGAUGCGCGUGCCCUCGAGGUGCGUCUUGGUUCUGCUCGCGGGCGCCGUACUCGCCGGCGUCUACGUGCUGCUGCCCGGCAGCGGGAGCAGCGCGAGGCUCUCGUCGGCGGUGCGGCGGCAGCCUGCAGCCGCCGCCGAUCCCCCCAUCAUCCUCAUGUGGACGCCGUUCUUCCGCGACCGGGUGUGGAGCACGGAGCUGAAGCCCAUCGCGUGCGGCGGCGGCGAGCCGGCCUGCGUGCGCACGUCGAACCGGAGCGCCCUCAGCGCGAGCGCGCUGGUUGUGUUCCACCUGCGCGACGUUCGCGCCGACGACUUGCCGACGGCCGAGGAGCGGCCGCGCGGCCAGCGCUGGGCGCUCUUCACCCACGAGUCGCCCGCCUACGAGUCGUGGCUGCCGGACGCCCUGCGGAGCGCGAUCAACUGGACGGCCACGUACCGCUCCGACUCGGACGUUAACGUGCUGCCCUGGUUGCAGAAGGCGGCCCGCCCGCCGCCGCCGCGCAACUGGUGGGCGAACAAGACCCGCCAGGCCCUGUGGCUAGUGAGCAACUGCAAGACGUUCAGCAACCGCGAGGGUUUCGUCCGGGAGCUCUCCAAGUUCGUCCAGGUGGACGUGGUGGGCGCCUGCGGCGCCAAAGGCGGCGCCUCGUGCCUGCCCAAGAUGGCCGAGCGCUGCUAUCGGCAGGCGUCCAAGACCUACUACUACUACCUGUCCCUGGAGAACUCCAUCUGCACCGACUACGUCACCGAGAAGUUCUUCAACGCGCUGAACUGGGGCAUGGUGCCUGUGGUGCUGGGCGGCGCCAACUACAGCCGCAUAGCGCCGCCCGGUUCCUACAUCGACGCCCUGGCGUUCCGGAACGUGCGCCAGCUCGCCGACCACAUGAAGCGCGUUGCCGCGGACGUGCGCCUGUACAACGGUUACCACGCGUGGAGGCAGAAUUACUCGUACGCCUGGGAGGACUUCGGGUGCGGCUUCUGCCGAAUGCUGCACAACUCGUCUGCGCCGGUCAAGGCGUACGGCGAUUUCAAUGAAUGGUGGUUCAAGCGAGCUCGCUGUUAUACGUGGAAGAAAACGUUUAGAUACUAGCGCUUGGUGCGGAUUAGUGGAACUUUUUGUAAAUACUGUAUACCUGUCGUCGUCUCAUUAUAUAUCAAAAGAUG